UAUAUCUAUAUAUAUUACCAGAUGCUGUGUGAACUGUGAAUACAGAGAGAGACGGAGUGUAGAGAGAGAAACAGAGAGAUAUGGGGAUUGAAAAGGCGACGGCAUUGUUGGAAGAUCUGAUAGAGAAGGCAGGUGGCUGCGCCGUCGUGGACGGGGGUUUCGCCACCCAACUCGAGAGACACGGUGCCGCCAUUAACGACCCUCUUUGGAGCGCUCUUUGCUUGAUCAAAGACCCUCAUCUCAUCAACCGGGUUCACUUGGAAUAUUUGGAGGCUGGUGCUCAUAUAUUGGUAACUUCAUCUUAUCAGGCUACUCUUCCGGGAUUCCAGUCCAAGGGACUGUCCAUCGAGGAUGGGGAGUUGUUACUGAAAAAGAGUGUAAUGUUGGCUGUGGAAGCCCGCGAUAAGUUCUGGGAUAUCAUGAAAAGAAUUCCCCAACAUAACUAUCACCGUGCUUUGGUUGCAGCCUCCGUUGGGAGCUAUGGAGCUUAUCUUGCUGAUGGUUCAGAAUACAGUGGUUGCUAUGGUCCAGAUGUGAGUUUGGAUAAGCUGAAGGAUUUUCAUCGUCGCAGAUUGCAAGUUCUUGUGGAAGCUGGUCCAGACAUGCUGGCUUUUGAGACUAUUCCGAAUAAACUAGAAACUCUGGCCUGUGUUGAGUUGCUUGAAGAAGAAAAUAUUCAAAUUCCGUCUUGGAUCUGUUUCAGCUCCGUAGAUGGCGAGAAUGCACCAUCCGGAGAGAGCUUCAAGGAGUGUCUCGGUGUAAUUAAUAAGAGUAGCAAAGUUGCUGCAGUCGGAAUCAAUUGUGCACCACCCCAUUUUGUUCAGGGUCUCAUCCAGAAAUUUGGGGAGUUAACUGAGAAGGCAGUAAUUGUCUAUCCCAACAGCGGCGAGGUAUGGGAUGGCAUAGCUAAAAGAUGGCUGCCAUUGAAGUGUUUUGGAGAUGACAAGUUUGCGUUGCUUGCUACAAGAUGGCGCGAUGCAGGUGCUAAGCUCAUUGGUGGCUGUUGUCGAACCACGCCUUCCACCAUCCGAGCCAUUUCAAAGGCUUUAAAAGAGAAGUCAUCCUGAUUCAUAGUUUCACAACAACUAUGCAUGCCUUACAUUCCCAAUCAUAAUUUAUUGUUGUUUUUAUUCAAAUGAAAUUCAUUGAAAACUAGAAGUGUGUUACUAACUUAGUCCACCUUUUUUUUUUUGGCCACAUUUUUUCAUUCCAGAAAUUUAGUGAACAGUUGAGGCAGGGCAACAAAAUUUUGUUAGCUGACCAAUUAAAUUAUUUUUGGUCGCAAUUAAUAGAUGAUUACACUGUUUACACAUUA